CAGGUCAGCUCAGGCAUCUUGGGCAACAGCAACAACCACUGUGCCUUUUGAGCUUUUUCUGGCUCUCAUCCGAGCUCGCUUUGUGCGUGCUGUUUGGUGCGCGUCCACCCACCGGUCGCCGGCUUUCUGCUUUCUUGCUACGCCACCGCCGCGGCUAUUUAUGGAGACCCCGAUCCAUGAAGCCAGGGCACACGCCGACGCCGAUCGAUCUCCCACCGACCGACCGACUUCUUCCAGUCCCUCCUCCUCCCCCUCCGCUGCUUCAGCUUGGGUUAGUUCUUCUCCGCCGAGAUCCGUGAGAGCCAUGGCCGCUGAGACUGUUGUCCUCAAGGUUGCUAUGUCAUGCGAGGGUUGCGCCGGGGCAGUCAGGAGAGUGCUCACCAAGAUGGAAGGAGUGGAGACCUUUGACAUAGACCUCAAGGAGCAGAAGGUGACAGUCAAAGGCAAUGUCAAGCCUGAGGAUGUCUUCCAGACGGUUUCCAAGUCGGGGAAGAAGACCUCCUACUGGGAGGGCGAAGCCACAGCCCCGGCCGCUUCGGCUCCAGCAGCAGAAGCAGCUCCCAGCACUGCAGCAGAAGCGCCUGCGGCGGAGGCUGCACCAGAGAUAACCCCAGCCAAAGCUGACGCUUGAUCGUCACAUGUGAUGCUGAUGCUGUGACCCCUAAACCUUACUUUAGAACCAGCUGGGAAACUGAGUUUUGUGGGGUUUGCGUCAUGUUGUUGCCACUCUAGCAAGUGAUUACGAAUUAUAGAAUAAAUGAUAAAACCCAGUCUGUAUGAAUUCAAGGUGAGCACAUCCCUUGCAGGAUUGUUGCUCGCUACAUUUUACUUUUACCAUUGCUUUGGAGUUCCCCCUAAA